AUGGAUGUUUACAAAUAUACCAGAUUAGGAAAGCUCAGCGGGACAGACCUCGACAAAUAUCUUAAGACUUAUGAUAUCAAUGAUGUCAACAGCUCUGGUUGGACUUUAUUGGCCACCGCAGCGAAAGCCGGACUGGUCAAAAUAGUCGAACUCCUCCUGGGGAGCAAAGCGGACGCCAACACGAAAAAUACGGACGGAUACGCUCCUAUCCAUCUCGCUGCCAACGCAAAGAAGGAGCGUGCUCAAACCACUAAAAAUGUUACUGUUAUUCUCAUCGCCAUUACGCAAGCGCGCGACCCAGAAGUUAUAAAGGUGCUACGGAAGGCAGGUGUUGAUUUGAACGCUACGACUAAAGACGGAGAGACGGCCAAAGAUCUGGCAGAGAGCUCAAAUCUGCCAGCGCUCAGCAGAUUACGUGCGAUCACUUGGGUUGUUAAUGUCGCGGUGUCCAUUCUAAGCUAUGUGAACCAGAACAUUGUCAUAAGGGGGAUUACCAGACUUUUUGGCCUGUUCAGAAGGACACCUAAGACUCUUGCUAAGCCCUCAGCCCCCGCAAUCCACAACUCUAUAACAAAGGAAGAAUUCGCCAAGGAUGUGGCACAAUGCGUGAAGAAUACGGGGCUCGAAAAGUUCUUCGCACCCGAUAAUCCCUUUCUCCAGCAAGUAGCAGAGAAGGUGUCGAAACUAAGAGAUGACCCCAACAAUCUACUAAAUAAACCAGACCAGAUUCGCGAUCUCACGCGAUUAGCUCUCUAUCAGGCGGCCCUGUGCCGCGGUAUGUAUUACAGGUAUUACUGGGUCGAGGGAAAUGACGGCCGUAUAAACGCCCAGCGUGAACUGGUCGAGCGCACUAUGAGCAUCGCGACUCGACUAGUCCCGGACGAUAAAGUUGUCCAUCUGCGGUUUAUCAACCGGUCGGGGGAUGGCCUUACCGAUCUGCAGGCGGAAGACAUCAGAAGCAAACUGAAUUUUGUCCCUAGUGGUGGAACAGAGAUAGGCACUUCACUGAAGGAAAAGGCCCUGAAACCAUUUAUAUAUGAUGUGCUGCGUAGUGGACUAAAUCUGGAGCGCCCAUACCUCAUUCUUACAAUAACUGAUGGAUGCCCGACAACGGAAAAGGAGGAUACUUUUGAGACGGCGAUCACUGAAUGCAACAGGAAGUUGGUGGCUAAGAAAUAUCGACCACAGGCGGUAAUGGGUGCAGAUGCUUUCCUGAGAAGCCUGAUCGACAAUAAACCGGCACUGAAGCAAGUGUUGGAGGUAACUGCAGGUAUUUUGUCCAUCAGGAUAGUCAGUUCUAACGCAAUCGCUAACUUGGAAUCAGAGAAGUUGGAUGCGGAGUAG